AAUAUUGAUAUGUAGAUUCCGGGAUUUGAGAAAUUCGAGGCGGAAAAAGGAAAUUGCUCGUUACUGUUUGCAUGAGCGAGUGCUCAAAAGCAAAGUUCGAAAUACCGACGACUCCCAUCUGUUUUUUUCCUGAAGUGAAUUGAAUCGUUGGAGUUGGAAGUGAAAAGAAAAAGAGAUGGAUUGGAAGAAUAUUUUUUUUUGUUUAGGGUUUAGAAGUUGAAGAUGACAGAGGUGAGAUUGCAUAUAUACGAUACCAACAGUGGAUCCGAUAAAACCAACACCACCAUUCUCCAAAUCAACAAGAUCUUUAAGGACGGAAUAGGCCUCGGCGGCAUUUUCCACAGCGCCGUUCAGGUAUGUGGAGAAGAGGAAUGGUCUUUUGGCUUUUGUGAGCAUGGGUCUGGGGUGUUUAGUUGUCCUUCUGGAAAAAAUCUGAUGUACGCAUAUUGUGAGUCCAUGGUCCUUGGAAGAAUUAACUUUUCAAAAUUCAAGGUAAACCAGAUCUUGCAGGAGCUUAGUAGCGAGUGGCCUGGAAGUUCCUACGACUUGUCCAAAAAUUGUAAUCACUUCUGUGAUGAGUUCUGUGAAAGGUUUGGUGUCCAAAAGCUCCCAGGUUGGGUCAACCGUUUUGCUAAUGCUGGAGACGCUGCUAUAGAAAUAUCAGAAACUACUGCCUUGCGGGCGAGUGACCAUUCUUCAGUUAAUGAUCACAAAAUCAACUGAAAAUUUAUAAAUUUCUCGGAAACAAGCAAUGCAUGCCACCAUAUGCAUGCAUUUAGAGGAAUAUAGUUUUUAUGUACUUCAAGAGGAGAAUAUGUUCCUCCCAUCACUUUGGUCAUCUUCCUAUUAAUCAAGUGUGAGCCUUUGUUGAUGUGUUUAGUGGUUAUAAGGACCAUUUGUCUGUUCCAAAGGCUUUGUGAGGAAGCGUUUGCCUUAAAACUUUGCAAAAAUAGUAAAGGUGGAGUAACAUCUGAUUGUGAUCUGGAAGCGUUUGUCAACUGCAGUAGUCUUUUUGUUGUAUGCAUGCUUUUAUUGACAAGCAUGGAAGUCGCAAACUGAAAUGUUCCUGUAUUCAGUGCUUGAAAUUAUUGUUGUUAAUUGUAGCAGUUGAGACAAGCCAAGACAGAGAUAGUAUCAGCUAGCAAAGUGGCAUAUCGUUUUCUCGUGGGUGUUACAUCUAGUUCUAAUGGUGGUAUUGAUAACCCCGACAACUCGAACAGCGGAAGCCCCAGAUUUCAAUCAGCUUGGUUUAAAAACCUCAUCACUAUUGGUGUCAAACGAUAUAGCAGCUCUGAAAUUGAACCUCAGGAUGGCAGUGCUUUUCCUCAGCACGGGCAACAGAAUUCUACACAGACAACAUGACAGAAUUUUCAAGAUUUGGAAAGACCACUGUAACAUAAUUUAUGAGAUGCGGACAACCAUGGCAACAGAACUCAAGGCAUGAUAUGCGACCGGGAAGAAUUGUUUGUUGUGUAAUAGUUGAAACGCUGCAUAGCCAAUCAAGAUACCAUUCCAUUGUGUAUCAAAUGUAAAAUGUUUUAUUUAUUGUCCAAACUGAAAUUUUAUCAUGCCCCGUGUAUUGUAAAAGUUUCAUUGGAAAACUCUUGUGCUAGUGCAAAUCCUCGUUCCAACUACAGAUUGCCAUUUGUGUAGG